AUAAAGAGAGAGGUUAGAGAGGAUUAUAAAGGUGUCACGCCCAUACUUGUCUCUCGCCAUUUCGUGCGCUCUGUUUGUUGGAACGAAGGGGUUGGCGUGGUGGAGAGCAGGGAUCUCUUGGAUCGAUCGGUGAUGGCAGUGGAAGCCAUGGUUUUCGCCUCCGAUUUCGGGAAUCGAGGGAUGGAUGAACUCCAGGUCGUGCAUCAAGAUGCUUGCAAUCUUCUGCAACUCGGUAGCAAUGGCGAUGGGGGAGGAAAGCUUCUGCUGCUGCAGCAGCAGCAGCAGCAGGCGGCGCAAAUCGUGUUCGAUCGAACGAUGGUGAGCGACUGGCAGAGCGAGCUCACCUGCAACGCCUCGAAUCUGGGAAAGCGCGCGCGGGUGGAAUCUGGGGCUUUGCCGUGCCACAGCCGAAUCUCGGCGACGCCGAUUUUUCCUUAUCUUGCGGCUCCGAAGAAGGUAGCUGGAGUCGUGCCUGAGCUUCUUGCGCAGAGUCGAUUGCUGGAAUCGGGAGGGACUUCCACCAGUGGCCGGCACGCUUCGAUGCCUCAGCCCGUUUCUUCUUCUGUACAAGAUCUCGUUUCUCUUCUCUACCAACAGAACCUGGAAGUCGAUGCGCUCGUUCGGCUACAGAACGAGCGACUGCGUUGUGAAUUGGAGGAGAUGUCUAACAGGCAUUGCCGGACGAUUAUCUCGGUGUGUGUGCACCGAGCAGCGAAGCAGUUGAUGGAGAAGGAAGCCGGGUUGCAGAGCGCCAUCCGCCGGAAUGCGGAGUUGGAGGAGAAGGUACGGCUAAUGAGCGCGGAGAACCAUCUGUGGUUCGACAUGGCCAAGAACAACGAAGCCAUCGUCAGCAAUCUCAGGACAACUCUCGAACAAGCCCUGCUCGACGGCACCGUCCGCCGUAACAUCAACGACGAAUCCUUGGACUUUCCAGCCGACGACGCGCAGUCAUGCUGCAACGAAGCAGACCGCGCCGCUCCCGCCGCCGUCUCCACUGCUCCGUCGCUAGAAUCCCGUCGGGCCAAACCAUGCAAAGUUUGCGGCGAGAGGGACGUUUGCAUGCUUCUGCUUCCCUGCCGUCAUCUCUCUCUCUGCGAGGCGUGCGAGUCCGUCACCGCCGCAUGUCCCAUCUGCGGCGCCACCAAGAACCGCAGCCUGGAAGUCCUCAUGUGUUGACGAACCUCCGGCGGCUGCGCACGAGCUCCGCUUUUUUUUUUUUCCUCCGGUGUUUCCCGUCUCUCCGGCUGCGCAAUUUGUUCAUACCAUUUUUUUCCCUCUCUAGCAAUUUCCUUAUUCUCAUGGUAGCAGCGUCUGUGGCUCUGUCCCUCGCCCUUCAUUAUCGCCGGAGUUAAACUGCACUGUUGGUUUACACUUUCGUACUAAUUUUGCUGAAUUUAUCUUUCUUUAA